UCAAAAGCAAGUACAUUGUUGUGUAGCAAAAUAAUCUAAACUCCUUGACACUUCGCUGUCUCGUUCGGAAAGCGACGUCAACCUUCGUAAUACUUUCUACAUCGACUGCAUGAUGACGAAACAAAUAGCUACAUGGGAACACUGUCUUUUGUUUAAGACAACUUUGCUUCACUGUAAAUCUUUAGGAAGACGACACGUCAAUGAAGUCCCUCUCAGAGAAGAAACAGAAAGGAUUACCGGAAUCCAGGUUUUUUGGGUCAUACAGUGUGCAUUGACAUUAGGCAAUUGAAAGAUUUAGACAGAGAAUGCCAGGAAAUGUAACAGAGGGCUGGAACACUCCAUAUCGUGGUUUUUUUUUGUUUGUUUGUUUUUAUAGUUGACCGAAGCUUUUACUGAUAGGCUGCACAGUAGGGAAGGAGGAACUAUCUGGGAUCUUAAUUCUUACUAGAUUAACUAAAGUAAGCGCUAAAUGACGGCUCCAAUGUUGGGUGAUCUGCGACAGCCAUUUGUACAGUGAAAUCACCUCACCUAAGAGCGAGACAGGGCUGCACGCUCUUCACAAAGGCUCUAGCAAGGCAACACGAGAGAACACAUACACGAAGCACGGCGCAUGUCCUACUUUCUGCGGUAAAAUCAUCACACAGAUCGCGCCUUCUGCCGGAGCAAACACUCCGACCUUCAACCAGAUAUAGAGAACAAGACGAAGGGAAACGUAAGAAAGUCGACCCAGUUUUAAAGCGGGGAAUGUAUAGCCAGGGGACGUAAUGGAACAGAUUGGAACCAACCGAACACCACUCCUCUUGCACCCACUAUUAUUAGCCCUUAUUAGAAAACCCAUUGUUACAGAGUUAAGCGUCACAAAGAGACAAUGUUAGUUCUAGAAGAACGUUUCAGUUACAUUGCACUUGGUUUACUGUAUUUCUUGUUGGGAUUUUUUAGGUGGUCAGUGCAGUGAAUGUAGACAAGCUUAAAAGUGCCAGUUUGCUUGACAAAUUUACCCAGCUAACCUAUGGCCCCUACACCGGCCGGAAGACAUGGAUAGUUCUAAGAAAUACCCCUGAAAUGAUUAUUGUUGAUAAUUCAAUAAAGAGGUGGUACUGGAAGGGACUUUCCCUAAACAGUACGUCACAAGACUAAGGACACUUUUCCUUUCAAUUUCUGCGUCUUUAUUUAGGACGCAUAUUAUUUGACGAUUUAAUUUCCUUUUGAGCGCACCCUGGUAUACGUUUAGCAAUGCCACCAAGGCUUCAAACUUAGGGACUAAAGAUAGACAGUCUCGAAAGGGGACGUGAACAGUUUCAUUAAUUUUUGGCAAGCACGUAUGCUCCCAUGCACCAUAAUAGGACUAAGAAAAUCGUGUCAGCACGUUGUUUUUGUUGAACACUAGUGGUGCUCGAUGGCUGGGUUUGGAUAUACUAAUCUAGAGCAGCAAUUUGAAGACGUUGAGGAUGCAUGUUCUUAGCGAGGACCUUGGUACAGUUGUAUUAGUCAUACACUUCUUGUUAUACGUAUAAUUGAACAUGUAAUAAUACUGUAUCUGAUGACUGUUUCUUUGAUCAUGAAGAGCGUUGUUUUCAGUGUCUUUAACUUUUUAUAUAGUUUUGUUUCUUUUCUUUUUUCUUUGCUCUUUUUUUUCCAACACAACAGGCUUAAUUAAGCUUUAUAAAUGCGUCAGCCUUUUGCUAGUUUUUAAAUACACUCGCACGUAGUUUUUAAUUAACCGAAUUCUAGCUGCUUACAAUCACAUCAAAAAUAAACAGUCGUCAAAACGAAAGUAAUAAUAUCUGUUCCGGGUUGGUGAUUUUAGGUAUUUUCCCGAAAAACAUCAAUUAAUUAUUCAAACACUGCGUUCACAUCUCACACACUGUACUUUAUGAGGGCUGUUUCUAUUUGUGGAGGAGCAUUUACAUUUUGUAGACUAUAUUUACAGCUGAUUAUUGAUACAUGAGCUCAUACAUGAAUUCACUUUACCUUGAGACAACAGAAAAACAAUAUAAUGUUUUUGUAAAAGUUAAUUUAAAACAUUUUGUAGGUUACCUUUCUUUAGUCAAAGGGAGUUUUAUUGAGUGAAAUAUUCACUGCAGAAUUGAACUGAGAGUUUGAAAUGGUCAUAACCGCAUAAUAUUUGUCAAUGACUGCAAUGAUAGUGCUUUUUAAGAUGCUAAUUAAUCAGGGACCUAAUAGUCAUUUCCAUUAUCCAGGGCCACCACAAAUUCACAUUCAGUUAGAUGACCUGAAAGAUGUCUACGACAAAGUCCAAAUUAAGAAAUUACCAUGUUCUGAACAGCGUAUUGCCAAAGGAAAAGUUAAUGGAGUUGCAUGGACAGAGGGCCAAAUAAAAAGUAUUAGGGCAUUUGUUGAGCGUACUCCUGAGGCAGCAGGAAAAGUUAGUGACAGAAUUCAUGUUGGUAAGUAGAUUUCAGAAAGUGAUUCACCAGACACAUGGAGCAGAAUGCACUACAGAAUACACAGUUUUGAAAAUGUUAAGGUGGCUCUCCAAAAUCAUAACAUUGCCACCUUUUUUAAUCAGUUUGAUAUUUUAAAACAGAGAGUUGCCUCAUUAUUAAUGAAGACAAUAUUUUUUAUGGCAAGUGACCAUACACCACAGUAACUAGCUAAAAGCUUUACAAAUAACAGGAGUGACCACCAUUAUUUAUUACCACUGCAGUAUUUUACAAUCCAUGCAGUUUACAGAGGCAGCUAUAAGCUGACACAUCAAUUGAAUUCACCCAUUUUAAAUCCGCAUCUAACAAAUAAGCACGAGGGUGGUGGAGUCUUAAAUUGAUAAUUCAUAAACUUUUAAGUGCUAUGGGAAAGUAAAACCGAAAAUGUAGCUACUGUACACUGUAUACAUAUACAUAUCAGGGGUUUCAAUAAGCACCGAUGACCGACGAGAUGCGUCGGCUACAUUGCUCAGAGAAGUCAGCGCUGCUUUUUCCCUCAAAGAAGAAGCAAGUAGUUUGAAUAAUUAUGUCAUGGACAAAAACAGAAUCUGUUCACGUGGAAAUGUAUAUAACUUAGUAUAAAUAUCAUUUGUUCAUUGCUUGCAGGAGUUAAUUGUGUGGCCAAUAAAUCAAAAUUUGACUACAUGUACAACCCAAAUCUUCCUGAAUGGAAAACUCACUCUUUUAUACUCAUUUUAGUCCCCUGAACGCUGAAAAUCUCUUAUUAGGGCUUUGCAAUUUUAACAUAUUCUGAGGGAGAAUUCCCCCAGACACCCCUUGAAAAUGUGGACUGUUGAAACAGUUGGUUACUCUAUUCAAAUCUGCUGGCUACUUCAAUUUUUAUUGAAACCCCUGCAUAUACAGCUGUAUAUAAAAAAGAUGAAGGAAAUUUACUCAAAACAAUACAGUACAAGCCCUGUGAUCACAAGGGAGGUACUUACAUAAAGGUAGGCUCCAACUGUACCCUCUCAUAAAAGUUCCAUUUUUCACAAAGAUGGUACAGCUUUCCUGAACAUGUACACAUAUGUAAGAACACUGCAUACCUUUUCUAAACCCUUACUUGGAUUGAAGUUUAUAAAUGAUUUUACAAGACAACAUAACGAAACUAUAGAUUGUUGGUGUUCCAAAUAUUUUAAUUAAAGGCUCUUUUAAAUGCCUAAAGGUCACAUUUCCCUCCCAUUUCACACCUCAACUACAGAAAUCCCUAACUUCAAGUCUGAAAAGGGUACAUGACCCACCACCCUCACCCCCUCCUUCCCUGGGCCUGUUUCUUUAGCCCUAAAAAAUUCAGUCAGCAUUUGAAAAUUUUAUUCCAACAGGUCCCACAGAGCUUCAAGUCAGCCAUGAGAAAUAUGAAGCUAAUGCAGUUCAUUUCUCAGUUGAUCUGGACUCUGUAUACAAAACAUCAACAGACGAACUGGUUUACUCACUGGACAAAGUUGAGGUGGAAGAAAGGAACAGAUGGCAGAUUGCUAUCAUUGUGGAACUUAUUGAUGGUUUUGUGGGAAGAUUCACUUCAAAGGGAUUUCGCAUUAGAACAAGACCAAAGGCACCCAAACCAGACUCCCCUGGUACAGGUAAAGUGACUUUCCAAUGAAGAACCAUGACUAUGUCUAACUUUGCUUCAGAGCUGUACAAUUAAUUGUUUCCUAAUUCUAUUGAUAAUACAAGUCAUGAUAAGCUCAUUGUUCAGGUUGUGUAGUACAUGAACAAUGAAUUAACAUAAAAAUAACAUUGUCUCAUUUUGCAGUCCAUGUAUUGGAGCAAGAAUAACAACUUAAAGUUAAACAGCACUUUGUUAUUCACAAUGAACUGAUAAAUGAAAAUGUUUUGUUUUUAUAAUGCAUUAUCAGUAGUUAACUUGAUAAUCAAUUUAUUACACAUGUAUUAGCAUUUAAUGCUCUGAUAAAUUUUAGAAGAGCAUUUAAGAUUCAAGAUACAUAUUUUUUUUAACAUUAUACUAAAAUAAUUACAAUUUUUGUUAGCACCAGACGAAGUUCCAACAAAUUCAAAUAAGAGGAAAAGAAAUGAAUCAGGUAACUUUUUUAGAAAUGGCUUUUAGUAGAAUGUAUAUGUUGUAGUUAAUUUUUUAUAGAUAGCAGAUAGAGGCUGAUAGGCAUAAUGGAUGGUUCUGUCAUGCACAUGUUUUACAAUGAAUUUAUAUAUAUUAUAUAAAAUUUAUAUUUUCAACUAACUCCUAUGCUUUUAGUUUUUGUUUUUUUAUGCAACUGCAGGUACAACUGUAAAUGAUUACUAGUUAUGUUGGGGAUGGAUCAAAUAGUGUACUGUACACCGAUAAAUUUAUUUUGUAAAUCUUACCUCUAAUGUAAAGAUCAAGGAAAUGUAAAUUGUUAUCUCCACAUACUAGCAGGAUAAUAUUAUAGCAUUAAAACCUUUAAGGCAAGGGGAGGGCUCCUUUAUUGUACAAAAGGAAUUUUCUGCAAAGGUAGGUGCGGAUAUAAAAGUAGAAAAGGAAACAAUUGGAGACGUACAACAAAACAUUAGGUUAAGGAAGCAUUCCAGUUUGGAUAAGGCUAAAGUGUAUUGUGCUCAGUUGGUGAAUGGGCACCAGGAAAGUGCCUAUGGAACAGCACAAAAUGAUGCUGUGUUCACGCUAUCUGAGUUUUAUUUCUCACCAUCAGAUUCCAUUUUUAAAAGGUAAGCUUAACAAGUACAGCUAUAAUUCUGGCUAUGCAAUAGAUUGUGGACAAAGUGAACUGCUACUAUUAGAAAAUAACGUGCCCAUAAAAGGACUUUGAUAUCGCAGUUCUGGAAUGGUUAGUGCUCUGCAGUGAUGGGUCUAGCCUGUGAAAACAUCCGUUUCUCCUCGCUCUUCAUCGCUGAGGACGUUUCGCGCGGAGGAACGUCUGCGACUCAGUGACAGAAAUUCCAUACUGAUGACGCAAAUCAAUGUUUACAUAACAAAUCCGGUAGUUAUGGGGUUCCAAAUAUAAAUUUGUCUAAUUUUGCGUGUCUUCUGGUCGAUUUUGGUAAAGUGUUGUGUUGAUCUGUCCACGAGCUCCAGCAAAACUCAAAUGCUUCUUCUAGAGAAGACUAUAUUGCACAAAUAUUGACUGUUUUGUUAGAGAUUCUUCGUGUUUACAUUUGACCUUUUUGGCCUUUUGUCUUUUGUCUGUCAUUUGUAAACAAUAGCUAAAACAAUGUAACUGCUCCGUCGACCAAUCAGCGCUUCUGACCGGAUUCUGGACAGAUUUUACGUCAUCAGUAUGGAAUUUCUUUCGCUGAGUCGCAGACGUUCCUCCGCGCGAAACGUCCUCAGCAACGAAGAGCGAGGAGAAACGGAUGUUUUCGCAGGCUAUGUCAUGAGUUUACAGUACACAAAUACUUUUAGGGAAGGCAUGUAAGGUUAUGGCAUGUUAAUAGUACAGUAUAUACAUAGUAUUCUUAUAGCUGCAUGUAAUCUAAGUGUAUUGACAUUCAUUCAUAUCUACACUUACCAUUUCCUUGGAUUGAUUGACAGAUGAUUGAUCUCUGUAGGUUCUUGUCAUUCUGACUAUUCUUCAGGUGUAAAUUCAAGUCCUCAAAAUAAUCCUGGGGGCUCGCCACAUUCAGGUACAUUUUAAAUUUAUCCAAAAGGUUGUCUCAAUAUCCAACAGUUUGUUGCUUGGUCAUCUGAUCAGUUUUCUUUUGUGCUUUUCAGUAGGUACAUGUACAACUGUUGGUGACAGCCCUCCUGGGGUACAAACCUUUUAUGCUGAAAAGAGUAAGUUGACUCUUUUGAUUAUACACUGUAUCAUCAUUUCAAUGUACCCUUCACUGAAAAUAAUGUAGUUACAUUUUAAAAUUUAUUCAGCCACUUCCCCAAUGGUCAAGAAGACCAAAAUUCAGCAAGGAAACACACCCUACCACAAUCCACAGUUAUGACCAAUACAGUACUGUAGGCAUGGCAAUUAAAAUGUGCACAUGCAACACUUAGGUUUAGUCGUACAUGUAUUAAUAUUAAAAAUAAAAACUUUACUAAUGUAGGUCUUUGCCACGUGUUACUCUGGUUGUUACCCUGCUUACUGCUGUAAAAAAUUGUGAUAACAUAAGAAACUGGCCAUCCCAUAACCUGGAGAUUGGUACUGUGUGCUUCUAGACUACUACAGAGACGUAGAGUUAUACACCAUGUAGCAACAGAGGAUGUAUCUCAGCAAAAUUUAUGCUAUUUUCAUGAACAGUAUUCUAAUGAAAAAAGGUUGAGAAUCAAAAAGCAAUCAUUAUUUUAUGGGCUUAUCAAGUGUUGAACAUUUUGUGAAAAGCUCCAUAACUAGUGUGUAAAUAUCCCACAGUGAAAACUCUUAGUUACGUCGGUUUUAAUAUUGCUCGAGUACUUUUGCGCUCAAAUGGGACAUUAACAAGACGCUUGAAAUAAAAGUAGCGACCCUCGGUGAAUGCAAAAGAACAGUCAGUUGGGACUGCUUAAACCUACUAACAGUCACAACACAUGACUUAAAUGAAUAUUCUCGUUUGAAUCUCGACGCUGGUUGUAAACCCCAUUAUGCUUUUUGCCUAUCAUCUAAGCGUUUAGAAAGACUGGGAAAACUCGCUAAAAAUAAAAAAGUAUUCAAAAAAACGCACCGAAGCUAUAACUGCAGGCUGCCGAAUAAAUGAUCUCUUUCAAUGGCGGAUUGGCUCUUUCAAUUGGCGGAUUGGCUGUCUUUUGGAAGAAAUUUCAUUGUUUGCUUCCAAGCAAGGACAGAGGUAACAGCCAUAUUCAACUGAUUGAAGAUGGGCGCCUCAUUACUGACAGUAUUGAUGUCGCCAAUCUUCUAAACGAUUAUUUCAUUCAUGCAGUACCCAGGCCUACCCACAUGUCUAACUUACAGCCAGAAGAGUUUAAGACCCAUUCCAGUGUUAUAGCCAUCGAACAGAAAUUUAAAGGACAAAUGAGCUUCUCAUUUACUCCUGUUCGGGAUUCCUACAUCAAGAGGAUACUUUCUAGUAUCAAAAUUAAUAAAGCCACCGGUGCUGACGGAAUCUCUCCACGCCUAUUGAAACUUGCUGAACCAGGAAUUCUCAGUUCUCUCACAAAAUUUAUUAAUCGAUGCAUCACUGGUAGUUCCUGGCCUACAAAUUGGAAAACUUCCAUUAUUUCUCCGAUCUAUAAAAAAGAUAGCGAGACUAUGAAGUCUAAUUACCGUCCUGUAUCUGUGUUAUCGGCUGUUUCAAAGAUAGCCGAAAGAGUUAUCUUUGAUCAGCUAUACGAGUUUUCCCUUCACUUCCUCAGUGGAAAUUUAUCUGGUUUUCUGAAAGGAAAUUCAUGUACAACAGCCCUCCUCAAAACAUGCGAAGACAUUAGAGCAAAUUUAGACUCUAGCGAGCACUCUGCAGCAAUUACCAUAGACCUCUCCAAAGCAUUUGACUCUAUUAACCAUAAUUUGCUUCUUGCAAAGCUGUCAGCGUACGGUGUAACUGAAGACGCCCUACAACUUCUACGUUCUUACUUGACUGACCGAAAGCAACAUGUCAAGAUAGACGGUAACCUGUCAGAUUGGCAAAUUAUGAAGUGUGGAGUUCCUCAAGGUUCAAUCUUGGGCCCCCUUCUCUUCAAUAUAUACAUGAAUGAUGCGAAUUUUUCAGAUAUUUCGUGCUCCUUAAGAUUCUAUGCCGAUGACACUACGGGGUAUUCUUCAAGCCCUUGUCCAUCCACCUUGCAAAUAAAUCUACAAAACAACCUUGGUCUACUCGUUUCCUGGUUUUGUAAGAACUUCCUAGCGAUCAACCAUAGUAAAUCUCAAUCCAUCGUCUUCAAUAGAGCAACUCUACCAACGCCCUUUGUUAUUGACAGCAAUGAACUGGAUUACGUUCCACAGAUCAAGCUCCUUGGUGUAAUUAUCGACAAUUCACUCUCUUUUAAAGCACAUAUUAAAGAAAUUUGCCGGAAAGUGAACACAAAAGUUUCAAUUCUUCGUCGCAUUCGUAAACUUAUACCCUCAGAUAUUAUGAUUAAACUGUACAAAGCAUUUAUUCUGUGUCACUUUGAAUACGCAUCACCAUUGUUCAUAGGUCUAAGUAAAGGUUUGUCUGCAAAACUAGAGUCAACCAAUGCAUUUGCUCUUAGGACUCUUCUUAACUACUCCAAGUUGACUGCUUAUGAAGAGCUACUUAAAACUGUACAUAUCAAAAGCUUGGAACAUCGACGCAUAGAACAAGCACUGAUACUUGUAUACAAUAGCAUUUAUAACCAGGCACCGAACUACAUUCGGGAAAUGUUUUUACUGCGAAGCAAUGGCUACAGCCUACGGGCCAUCUUAAGGUUGUUCUUCCAAGACCAACCUCAUCUUAUAUGCAACAUUCUUUCACGUACCAGGCUGGCAAACAAUGGAAAAGUCUACCAGACAAAAUAAGGAUGUCAGAGUCCCUCUCUAUCUUUAGGAAAAACUUACAAAACAUACAGUUGUCUUCAUCGUAUGACUGCAACUGUGAAUUUUGUAAAUAGACAAUCUGAUUACCAAUAUUUUUUCUUUUUAAAUUAUUAUUAUCUUUUAGUUGGUUUAAUUUUUCUAUUUUUUAUUUUUAUUCAUUACUUGUACAUGUAGAUUAUGUAAAUUAUCACGUUGUAAUUUUUAUGGCACAUUUGCAUUUAAACGAGCUAUCGCUCAUAUGCGAUAUGUGGUUAAAUAAAAUUACUUACUUACUUACUUACUUACUUACUUAGCUUACUCACUGGACUUCGGCUUACCGGCUCUCAUUGCAUGAAAAUAUUUGCCUCUCACCUUUUACUUGACUUUUUCCUUCGACAACUGGGUAGGAGUGAAUAUUUUCGGGCACAAAACUGCUUUAAUGCUUUAAAUUUUAGUACUCAAACCAAAACAACAUAGUACUCUUCGCAUUAAUCGUGCAGCGAACAGCCGCGUCUCGUAUUUCGCGCGGUACGGUUCGCGCUUCAGGGCGGAAAAACGUAAUAAGCAUGCGUGAACUUUUUUGCCCAGAUCCCCUGGCCGGGUUUGAAAAAAUGGCGGGAUUUCAACUAUUUUCUUACCUAAAAAUAAAAUGUUUUCACUCAUAACCUGGAAAGAACAGGCAAUUUGUCUUCAAAAGUUGCAAGCUGUGGUUAUAACCUUUUCGUUACUUAAUUUUGUCGAAGAAUACCUCAUAGUAAAACGGACUUUAAUGACAUUAAUUUCCUUGCGUUGUACUGGAAAUGUGAAUGCGUAGGUCCGAUUUUUUUCAAGAUGCAUUCACAAAAUGUGUUCAUAUAAGGAAGUUUCUGGAUAUAUAAGGUCCGGAGUUGUGGACACAAAAACAACAUAUCUUUGGACAGUGAUUUGCCCAAAAAAAUUAACGCUUGCCCACAAUGUGUUUGAAGUCACUGAACUUUGUCGCACUCGAGCGGAUAUUUCAAAACCCUCGCUCGAUGGGACACUCGUAGUUUCGCAAAUCACUAAAAUAUAAACAAAAUCCUCAAUGUAGAAGUUAUUGCCUUGAUAUGUGAGUAGAAAGAAGGUCAAUCUUUAUCUAGUAAAAUCUUCCCAAAAAUCGGUUUCAAAGCAACUAUAGUUUUUUAAACUUGCUCAUUUCGCGCAGAUAUAUAAAUUUUGCUUUGUGUUGUCAAGUUGAACACGCAUAACAUCUGUCAAAAACCUACAAGUAAGGAUUUCUUUCAAACAAAGUUAAAGUUACAUAAUUUCAGAAACUUGUUGCUGACAAUGAAGAAAUGGUUUUUCUGUGCGAAAACAACCUACCUAAAGAUCUUAAAAGCAAAAGAUCACUUGCAACUUGGCAGCCAAGCCAUGAUUCACAAUUUAGCUAUUUUCAAUACGCUUAACUGGUCCAUGCAAGGAUCUUCGUUCAAGCAAAUUAAACUCAGCCGAUCAUUAGAAAAUACAGAAGAUUGCACAUAAGGGUUUGUUUUGCUCGCCUCAGUCAAAUCAAGCUGCAGCAAUUGUUUACGGGAAAAGAGUCAAUUGUUUUGAAGUCACUGCCGGCAGUUAUCGUUCUUUACUUCACAGCGAGUGAAAAGGACAAUUUGCGUACAGAAAGUUAUUCUUAUAAAGAAGAGAAACUUUCACAGUGCACUGGAAAACAAAACUAUGUCAUGAAAAAUGAAAAAACUCUGACUGUUAUUACUUGAGCAACAGAAAAAUGAUCUUGAUUAAGCUUGGUGGCCUUCUAUUUCCGAGAAAGUUUAAUAAGCGCACAAGUUGGUCCACUCUGAUGCGUUACAACAGCAAUAUGGUUCUUUGACUGAAGACAAAGAUAAAGCUGGUUCUGCAAAGGUAAUAAAUCUGGGCAUGUAAAAAAAGUAACCGUAACUACCAAUAACAGAAUACAAGCGGGUUUUAAUUCAACCCGGCGAAAUCAACCCAUAAAUUAAUCGGAUGCACAAUCAGAAAAAUACUCGCCUCUUAAGAAAUGUUCAAAACCUUUUAUUCCACCUCAGACUGACUGAAUGAUCCGUUUUUCCUUUAACAUUGGUUGUUCUGAAUCCAAAGUAAUUUUCAAGCGACGAAAAAAAAGCAAACAUGUCAAAAAAUGCUUUACAGGGAGCAAAUGUUCGCACCCCGUGCAUUUCACUCAGAACUCCAGCAACAAACAAACACAGUCAACACACAGAAAAGCCCGCCUUGAGCCUGCGAUAAGGGAUGCGCAGAAGCUUGCGCAGAACGUUUUUCCGCCCUGAAGGUUCGCGCCCUUUUACUGGUUCCCAGUUUGCACCCUGUGCUACAUGAUCACGAGAAGGAUUGGAACGGGGCUUACAGUGCGCCCGGGGGGGUACCUUUGAAGGCGCUAAAAGCUAAGAUGACUACUGUCAGAGUUGAUACGCUUUAUUAGGAUAACGAUUUAUGACAAUACUUUCAAAAAGUCCUCGAGAAGAAAGUAUUCGAAAGUUAUCUUUAUUACUAUUAAAAUUUGCAGUGCCAGUUAUAUAAUUUGUUGUUGUUGAAUUAGUACCCAGCUCUUAGGGGUAUAGGGGUGGAAAUGAAUUUUGGACGAGCCCAUACACCAAGAUUCUGGUACCUUUUUGGGUGUUCUCGAAAUUUUCCGACAAGCACCCCCGUCACUUUUAUGGGGAAUACUAACAAUAAGUUGCAUUGCCUCAGUUUUAACAGACCACCUGGAGGCACAACGAGCUCGCAUCGAAGAUCUAAGGGUGGUUAAGAUGGUGACAACUGGUAAUGCGGACAUUGCUUAUCAUCUGAACCUUACAGAAUCUGCUCAAAGAAGGCCUGAUUUAGAGGAGGGCGAUGUGAUUGCCUUUGUGACCAAUGCUAAGACUGGUCAAACGGAGAUUGAGAAGCUUACACAGGAAAACACUCAACGCGCUUUGAUGGCGGGAGUCAUCAGCCGGUCUGCUUACUUGUAUGCGCAUGCGCCAAGCCAUGACGUUGAAAAAGGUAAAACGUAGAAGCCUUGUGAUUUUCAUGUAACUUACAGCUGUACAUAGAAUGAUAAAAUAAAUAGUAAAAGUGGAUUUCCACUGUCGCAUAAUUUUUCGUGCGUAAAUAAAAUAUAAGUAGUGAUACCAUUUCCGGAUCUAGACCUUGAGAUCAGGGGGGGCGGUCAUCUAGACCCUGAGAUAAGGGGGGGAACAGUCUUUAAAACAUUUUUUUCGGCCCUACGGGCCUCAGUUUGGUCUAAAAAUAAGGGGGGGCCGGGCCCCCUCGGGCCCCUCCCGUAGAUCUGCUAGUGGAUACUUUACCGAAAGCCGCGCGUAAACGUAAAAUUUGAGCGUGAUUCAACGUCGUUUUACGUUAACGCGCGACCUUUCAUAAAUUGCCUCUUUAGUGUUUUAUAUUUUAUUUACAGCACGCCGUAAAUUUUACGCUCGUACGCACGUAAAAAUUGCGCACCAGUGGUAAAACACCCUAAAAAACCAAAGAAAUAGUAAAUGCCUACAGUGAGGAGUCAAAUGGAAGAAGUCCUUAAAACUGUGUGGAUUUGACAUUUGAAAUCGGUUGAAAUAUAAUGUCUGAUUGGUGAUUGACUUGUUUGAACUUUACAUCGUCAACAAACUGAUGCUAAGCGAGAUCAUUCUCUGUUGCCGAUGAAAAGUAUUACUUUUAAAUUUUUUUUUCAACCUUCUUCGGUUGAGUAUUGCGCCUUUUUAAACCCCCUAGGGGCACAAUUUAUUAAUAUUAAUAAAUCAUUAUUUUGAAUUGAGCUUUUCUGAGGGCCUGUUUACAUGGAGAUGGGGGACCCCAGGUAGGUGAAGUAACCCGCUUAGGUGGGGUAACCCGCCUGGCCAUAUAAUCUUUCAUUUUAAUGUGAUCACGUUUACAUGAGUAGGUGGGGUGACCCGCCACACGUUACCUCACCUACCUGAGGUCCCCCACCUCCGUGAAAACAUGCCCUAAAUUUGGGUCUCAAGAAGAAAUGAUUAAGUAAGUUAGCAAGUCACUUAUUAUGAGCCGAUCCUGAAUGACAACUGAAAUUUGUAGCCCCUGUCCAUCCAGGCACACUUUUCGCGCACUCGUUUUUCCGAACCUUCACAAAAAGAAGUUUACUUCCGAUGGCUUAACCAUUUCAGGAAGAACGGAAACAGUUUGUGUCAUCGGAAUCGUUAAAGUGAAGGUUCUUGGCACAGUCCAGAAUGGGGAGCGCAUCUAUGUAGCAUUAGACACUCCGGGAGUCGCUGUACCAGAGACGCAGAUCCCGUUACGUCCGAUGGCGGAUCGUUCACCAACGCUUCUUGGGCAAGCGCUGGAGAGUCAGACAAGCUACCGUCUAGAUAGCGUUCACUUGGUUCGAUGCUUUGUAUCGAUAGUUCUGGGUAUUCAGUCUGGACAAAUUACCAACGCCAUCAGCAAUCUCCAGGAAAGAAUACAGGGUUCUUUUCAGGAAGUCAUGAUUAAGGACAGGUCAAGAUGGCUCAAAGGUGAUUAAUAAGGAAUAAAAAACUUAAGCGAGCAGCAAGGAUGGCACAGUUGGUUAGUGCGGCCUUUGGUGCGCGAGGUCCCGAGUCCUAUAGACCUCUUUCAUAUAUCAUACAUAAAUAUAGUAAUUAGUCUUUCUGACCUCGUUUGAAAGUAAGAAAUUCUUUUGUAUUUUGCACAUGCUCUCCAGGUCAGAAAGGCUAAAUAUCAUACAUAUAAAAUAAUGUAUUAAUAGGCUGUCAUUAUGAAAGAGAUUUAUGCCCGCUGACACCACAUCCUUGUCUCAACUUCUCUCCUUUCUGUGAAGCUGUAACUAACUUCAAAUACCCUUAAAGUCUAUCGACGUAAAAACGGUUGCUGCAGUUUUCCAAAACAAAAAACAGAGGCCGAUCAAGAUGGAAGGGGUCCAGAGGGCCUAAACUUGAAAAACACGGCUUUUUAAUCACUAAGUGUGUGUGUUCAUAUGAAUAUUUCAAUUUUACUUGUGUUAAAGAUUACUAGAAACACGAAAGUGGCAAAACGAGGGUUUAGUUUGCUGCUUAAGUUUGGAUCCCUUUUAUAAAAAAUUCCUGGGUCCGUCUCUGAAAAAAAACUCCAAAGAAAAGAGCUUCAGCAGUUUUUCAACGCGUGCACAUUUUACCCCAGCUGUGAGAAUAUGUUUAUGUUUAUGUUUAUGUUUUCAUUUUUUAAUAUUAUUCAUAUUUUUAUGCCUUUUUGAAAUUCAAUUUUAAGUAGUUAAUUUUAACUUUCUGAUCACCGGUUCGGACUUGCUGUUCUGAAUAAACAUCAUCAUAAUUAUUAUUAUUAUCAUCAUCAUCAUUGUCAGCAUAAUCAUCUUCAUUACCAACAUCGUCAUCACUACAAUCAUCAUCACCAUUAUCAUCGUGCACUGAGCAAAUCUCCAUACACCCGAUAAAUCCAGCGAGUAAAAGUCACAAGAAGCUCGAGGGUCAGGCGGAAGGCCACGGAACAGGGUGAUUCAUACCUCCCAAUACCAUGUCAUAUCUUAGAGCAUUAAUUAUACUCUCUUGGCUUUUCAAAGCUGCGUGCGUUGUUUCGUAAAUAUUGGUGUUAUUGAUUUAUUUGUCAGGCGUUGCGUGGAAGUUAGCGUUAUUUCUUGUCUUCGCUGGGGUGUUAGCUUCUCUCCUCUACAUAUUUUGUGCUCCUGGCACUAUCUACCAGUAUUGGAAGUGUAAGAAAGGAAGAAUCAAAGGUCAUACAGCUUACUUUGAAUUCGUUUCCCAUGAUCACCAGGUAAGUGCAAGCUGGUAACAUACUGCAGUCGAAUCUCCAUGUGAAAUCACUUCUCGUAAACGACUACCUCCCAUAAAUGCAUAAGCGACCACUUAUCCAAAACACCAAACAUGGGCUCUGAGUCAAUAGCCCAUGGGAUCGUAAGCAGUCUCUUCCCGUAAGCUACCGUUUUGGGUGGUUGCUUACGAGAGGUUCAACUGUAUAUGGUGCUGUUACUGAUCAAACAUACUUACUGCAUGUGUGAUAUAUCAAGGAAACCAUUGUAUUCAUGACUGCGACAGCCUCUGCAGCAGACUGUCAUAUGGUACCUAUGUAUAGCCGCCCCCUCUUAUCAAACAAAACAUUUGUUUUGGGUUAUGUAGUGUCGUUACCAUAAAUAUAGUGCUGUUACCAUAUAUGGGAUUGUAUUGAGUAGACUAGGAUUCCCGGAUGUGCGAGCACCUUGUCGUCAGAUCGGUGUAGUAAGCAUGGCGGGAGAAUAAACGUCGGUUGUUUUUACUCCUGACUCUUUGAUAUAAAGCACCUUUACAGGUUAGGAGGCGGUUGUGCACAAGCUAGUAUCAGCGCUUACUUUCACAGUGAAUGGUUGUUAAUUCUUUACAGGAGCUUUUGGAUUCUUUAUGUCUAACAGGAAGUUCUUAUACCUUUAUUGAACUACAACAGCACAAACAGCACUAGCCUGCUACUGUAGACCCGCGGAGUGCUAGCCUUGAUACACAGCCUUAAAAAUGGACAACUCUGCCUUCGAUGUAAUAGUUCGAUUGUCCUUGAUGAAAAAUUUGUCCUUUUUUUGAUUCAGUACCCUAAAGUUCAUGGACUCGAAUUCACGUGGGAAAAGUUGAUGAAGAAGCUUCAUCUUCAAGGUUUAUGCCCGCCGUAUAAUGCAUCAGGUACAUGCAUAACUAAUUAUUCAGGUUCGCUGAAGUGGAACACAGUCUUAAUUCUACAUGUCAGAUGUUCUCUCUACGUAUGUACAAGCCAGUAAAAAUCCAGGGUUUUUAUCUCUGCAAUGGGCACUACCGAGUCUAUCUGCCCAGGAGAUUUUACAAACGUCUAUGCUUAGCCAGGGACUCUCGGCAUGUAACCUCAGAUCCCUUAGGUACUCCCAUAUUGAAGCUGCAUCAGGGUGUGCCAAGAAAAAGGGUGUGGUUUUCGAGGUGUUCAUUCAACUAAAUUCUGUGUCAUCCUGGGCGUUAAAAUAGGAUAUAAAUUUUCAUUUAUAUGAGUUAUUCAGUAGGACCCAAGAGAAUGAGUGUCCGGGUUUAAUAACCUUCGUGACACGUACCUAUCCUUAAUUGGCCAGUAUCUCCCUUAGACUUAGUGAAAUUAUGGCAUUUGCUGACAUCUUCAGUCUAAGAAAGCCAGGCAUAAAAUGCCUUCUUGACAAAAGUCAGCGUGUUCGUAUCCAGUUCGUUGAAAUUAGACGAGAGAUAUUUACAUUGUUAUUCAUCUAAGAAUAAAAAAAAAUCCAUGAAUUUAGUCAAGGAGGUAUUUUUCAUCUCCUUCUUUUUGAAUAUUCCAACAGAUCCCAUAAUUUCACAAAUUCGUGUGAGGCUAUGUUCAAACUAUACCGGAUAGCUUUUGCGCCGGCGGCACGACAACUAUACCGGGUAGCUUUUGAGCAGGCGGCACGACAACUAUACCGGGUAGCUUUGCGCAGGCGGCACGACAACUAUACUUGGUAGCUUUUGCGCAGGCGGCACGACAACUAUACCGGAUAGCCUUUGCGCCGGCGGAACGACAACUAUACCGGGUACCUUUUGCGCAGGCGGCACGACAACUUUACCGCGUAGCUUUUUCGCAGACGGCACCACAACUAUACCGGAUAGCUUUGGCGCCGGCGGCACGACAACUAUACCCGAUAGCUUUUGCGCCGGCGGCACGACAACUAUACCGGAUAGCUUUUGCGCCGGCGGCACGACAACUAUACCGGGUAGCUUUUGCGCAGGCGGCACGACAACUAUACCGGGUAGCUUUUGCGCAGGCGGCACGACAACUAUUCUUGGUAGCUUUUGCGCAGGCGGCACGACAACUAUACCGGAUAACCUUUGCGCCGGCGGCACGACAACUAUACCGGGUAGCUUUUGCGCAGGCGGCACGACAACUUUACCGGGUAGCUUUUUCGCAGACGGCACCACAACUAUACGGGAUAGCUUUGGCGCCGGCGGCACAACAACUAUACCCGAUAGCUUUUGCGCCGGCGGCACGACAACUAUACCGGAUGGGGCUUUUCCGCCGGCGGCACGACAACUAUACCGGAUGGGGCUUUUGCGCAGGCGGUAGGACAGCUAUACCGGAUAGCUUUUGCGCCGGCGGCACGACAACUAUACCGGAUGGGGCUUUUGCGCAGGCGGUAGGACAGCUAUACCGGAUAGCUUUUGCGCCGGUGGCACGACAACUAUACCGGCUGGGGCUUUUGCGCAGGCGGUAGGACAGCUAUAUCGGAUAGCUUUUGCGCCGACGGCACGACAACUAUACCAAAUAGCUUUUGCGCCGGCAGCACGACACCUAUACCGGAUGGGGCUUAUGCGCCGGCGGCACGACAGCUAUACCGGAUAGCUUUUGCGCAGGCGGCACGACAACCAUACCGGAUAGCUUUUGCGCAGGCGGCACGACAACUAUACCGGAUAGCUUCUGCCCAGGCGGCACGACAACUAUGCCGGAUAGCUUUUGCGCACGCGGCGCGACAACUAUACCGGAUAGCUUUUGCGCCGCCGUCACGACAACUAUACCGGGUAGCUUUUGCGCCGACGGUACGACAACUAUACCGGAUAGCUUUUGCGCCGGUGGCACGACAACUAUGCCGGAUGGGGCUUUUGCACUGGCGGUAGGACAACUAUACCGGAUAGCUUUUGCGCCGGCUGCACGACAACUAUACCGGAUAGCGUUUCCGCAGGUGGCACGACAACUAUACCGCACAGCUUUUGCGCCGGCGGCACAACAACUAUACCGGAUAGCUUCUGCGCCGGCGGCACGACAACUAUACCGGAUGGCUUUUGCGCCGGAGGCACGACGACGUUACCGGAUAGCUCUUGCGCAGGCGGCACGAGAACUAUACCGGAUAUCUUUUGCGCCGGCGGUAGGACAACUAUACCGGAUGGGGGUUUUGCGCCGGCGGCACGAGAACUAUACCGGAUGGGGCUUUUGCGUCGGCGGUACGACAACUAUACUGGAUAGCUUUUGCGCCGGCGGCACGACAACUAUAUCGGAUAGCUCUUGCACCGGCGGCACGACAACUAUACCGGAUAGCUUUUGCGGCGGCGGCACGAAAACUAUACCUUAUAGCUCUUGCACCAGCGGCACGACAAGUAAAGUGAAACCCUUCUAUAACGAAGACCCCGUUAUAACAAAUCUGAAUGCCUGGCAGAAUUACAUCACGUGGAAACGAACCCCGCUAUAACGAAUUGAUCCCAACGCAUAAUUUACCCCGCUGUAACGAAUAUUUUGUCCGGUCGCUCGCAGUAGUCAGUAAAAACGACAGAUUUGAGUAGAACGAAAUCACAGCUUGCUUUUAAUUGAAAUUGUUUUUGAAUUUAAUGUCUUGAUUGUCAGCGAUUCACACUGACAGUUUACAGUGUCAAAUGAAUAAAAAUUACCCCGCUAUAACGAAUAUUUUUACUGUUAACCAGGUAAUACGUUAUAACGGGGUCUUCACUCUAACGAACAUUUUUUUCGGUACCGUUGCACUUCCUUAUAGCGGGGUUCCACUAUAUACCGGAUAGGGAUACUGUUCACACAUUAAAAAGGUGAUUUCGGCGCGAUUUCUAUAACGGAGCGAAACUCCGCCGCGCCGAUCUCGAAAAUGGGGGGUCACAUAUCGCACAGGUUCCGCGCAGGAGUGAAGAAUUAGGAGCGAGGACUGGAAUCCACCGAGAACUUAGUAAAUAUUUAGAAGUGGGGACUGGGAUCUAGCUCACCAAUUGCUUCGGCAAGAUGUUUGAUGUGUGUGAACGACUUGUCCCAGUUUUGUGCCUUUUCUCUUUAUAACAGAUAGCGUUUCAUGUCGGCACGAAAAGUUAUCCGGUAUAGAGCGUUUUCACUCACGUGGCCAGCAUCUAUGCAAAUUUAAGGGAACAAAUGAAAGGGUUUGCGUAAGAAAAGACUUCAACUCCCAAGGGAUUGGUUUAAGACACCAACAUGGCCGCCGUUUCAUUGUUUUGGGACACCAAUAUGGCCGCCGUGACGUCAUGUAAAAACACUUUGAACACAGCCUUAAUUAAUUUGGUCGUACAGUUUACUUCUCGAAAGAUUUGACUUUUCUCUUACUCGGACUUCUCUUUACAGGAAUGCAUUAUUAUCUCAACCUUGCCCGCUGUGCCUACUUUGAACAAAUUGUUUUGGAUCACAAUCCGCAAAUUCGUGGACCAGAGUUGUUCGCAGUGAAUCCGAAUUGCACCGAGGUGUAUUAUGUGGAGUGCGCUAUUCACAAAUGGACGCCGUACAAUUCGGCGCGAAACAUCAAAUGCGAGCCGCCACCAUCCACUUGAAACACCAAAUUCCUCCUCAGAUUUUCUGUUUGUAGCCAAGGAGAAUCUGGAACGCGAUUAUUGAGAGAUAAAUGAGAAAGCUCCAUAGCCAUUGGUUAACGUUAAACUUCGUGCUAUAUAACAAGUUAUUGCGUGUGUUAAGUAAGGCAACGAUAAGAUAGGAAUUGGGAAUGUCUCCAUGAGGAGAAAAUUCCAUAAGAUUCCAUAAGAACACUAGUACUCUUUGAUAAAACGUAACUUGAUAGAGGUUUAAGCCCCACAGGCAAAUUACGAUUCUGGGGAAGGGAACACAUGCAGUAUGAGAGAGGAGGGGAUGCCGUUUUGUCUCGUCGCUUAGGGAUGAAAAUGGCAGAUUUUGGUCUCAGUAAGAGUAUUCAGGACGGAGAGACAAUAUUAACGGUAUAUAUAUAUCCAUACACUCAUGUAUCGCUUAAGAUCGUCCGUAAACAUAUCUAUCUAAAAUAUAAACUCCAUCUUACUAUCUGUGUUUAAGAGAGCAUUCGAAGCCAACAUCUUAAGCGCAAUUAAAAUCACUUGGUUGUCAUGUUGUCAUUUUCAGGUCUGAGCCGCGCACACCGAUUGUUCCCCUUUAGGAGGUGUAAUUUAACGUUCCGACAAGCAUCCCCGGCCCUCCCGGGUCCCCGGUCCCCCCACCUUCCGUGACUGCGAGUCAUGAGUUUGCAACGAUCACCCUCUGGAUUAGGCUCGAUUACCAGCCGCUGUUCGGGAAAAUGAGCCCGCACUCAUCCCCCGAAAGUCUCUCUUCGGGGAGGAUCAAAGACCGGACCCGGGAGACGGCGGAAAUCGAGCCUACCUCUGGAUCACCCUUAAUUGGUAUCGUAGUAAGAAACAAAAGGUUGUGAACUAAUUUAAAGCAGAUAGAAGAUCUAAGCGUUAGACGUAUGAUUUUUUUAAAAUUCAGAUUUACACCUGAAAAGGUGAUUAUAUUCUGCUUCAGAAACAAUUCUGAAUUUUGCGAUGAGUGACCAGCUUGUUAAGUCGCUUCCACCGUAAAGGGAUUCAAAGUUCUCGCUCAUGGGAUUAAACGAGAAACAAUGUUAACCAUACCCUUAGGGGAGUAGACCAAGUAUCUCCUUCAUGUCUCUUCCAGAGGAGAGUCAUUAUUGGAGGAGCUCAAGCUGAAGCCACCUCUUAGGUCUCCUAAAAAUUUUAAAGAGACUAACAUAGCACCGCAGUUUUUAUAAGUAAACACAAAACUGCGUUGUUUUCCAGCUCUUGUCGACCAGCUUGCCAGCAAGCUCUCUCUCGGUAUCCGACCGAGUCGAGCAUCGCCAAAAGAACCUCUACCGUCAUUGACGUAUCUAUGGGAUUUAUGAAGGCUUUAACGUAUUUUUUAAAAAGUAGGGGGUUUCAAUAGUUUUAACCCUUAAUUAAACUUCCAAGAUCUGAUUCGUAAUUCUCCUUUCUGACUGCUAUACACUGUAUUGAAUGUUAAAUAAGAGAAUUUGGGGUUAUGUCAACAUUAGCUUGUUCCAGGCUCUCAGAUAGUAGGAAUUACGUGUAUUCGCAUUUUCUCAAUUUCGCGGACCCAACAAUCUCGGAGCCUGGAACAGGCUAUGUCAACAUAACAUCCUCGAGCGGCUAAUUCGCCUAUUCUCAUCACCUAUCUGUUGGGCAGUGUAUUGGAUAUUCGAAGGAGAAGUUACAUGCCAAUCACUUCUUGGAGGGUAGAUGCGUGUACGGGUGUGAAUCAAUUCAAACAAUUCAUUUUUUACCGCUGCAGUGUUUUGUAGUUUAUUUAUAUAAGGGACAUAUGAAUGUCCCGAUUGAAGGCAUGUUCCCAUAUUUAGUAUGUGUACCUUUGUUGUACAAUAAAAAAAUUGCUAUUUAACAAACGUUUUGUCAAAUUUGUGUGGCGUAACUGUACCAACUAU